CAAGGACAUUAUAUAAGAGCACAAGUUGGUUAUAAGACUAUAACGUCUUUUUAUCAGAGUGUGCUGGAGUUGCUGACCUAGACAACAGAGCAGGGGCAGGAGCUGGGCAUCCUGGUAGAGAAGCCCAGGGCAGUUGGCCUGCAUUUGUCCCUCACAGAGCUGACAACAUGAAAAUCCUCCUGUUGCUGGUAACAGCGAUCGUGGCCUUUGGUCCGAUGCAGGUUGAAGGGAGUCUUGUGGAUUUUAACAAAAUGAUCCAACUUAAGACAGGAAAGAUUGCUGGAAGCAGUUAUGCCUUCUACGGCUGCCACUGUGGUCUGGGUGGCAAAGGAGCCCCUAAGGAUGCGACGGAUUGGUGCUGUGCCACACAUGAUUGUUGUUACUACCAUUUGAAGAAACAAGACUGCGGGACAAAAUUUCUGCCCUACAAAUUUACUCACAGCGGAGGCAAAAUCACCUGUGCUGCCGACCAGAACUCGUGUAAGAAACAGUUGUGUGAGUGCGAUAAAGCUGCUGCUGAAUGCUUUGCCCGAAACCUGAGGAGCUACAGUACAAAGUACCAAUUUUAUUACAACACGUUAUGCCAUGGGGUCUCACCCAAGUGCUGAGAGGCCCCUCUUCUGUGCCACCUGGGCAGCCAGUGCUGAGUCUCCUCUAACACCUCUCUCCCUAGCCUAACCAAGUUCCCUGCUGAUAAAGAAAACACCCCUGUCCCGUGCUAGAGGCAAGGUGGGCACCCUCUGUCUCCACCCAGAACCAAAGUUCUAAGUCUGAGAGCCCCUCCUCUAGCACCCCACUACUUUGGUUUACUGGUUUCCCCCUUUUCCACUGUCCCCUUCACACACAGCUUCCUGCUUAGCAAUAACAAGGAGAGUCCUGGAAGGCUCUUCUGAA